AUGUCGGCAUCGGAACAAGGACCCAAAAUCAAAUACGGCGAAACCGCACCCAAGCUAGACAAGGCCCAGCUGCAGUUCAUGAAACUCAUCGAGCAGCAGAACUUGGAUCGUGUGCAGAAAUUGAAACGCACGCGGCGCAACAACUUGCUGACUGCCGGCGCACUCGGUGUUUCCGUGUUGGCCAUAUACGGUUACUCCAUAUUCUCGGUGCAGCAGGAGAAGUUCCUCGACGACUUCGACGAGCCGAAGAAGGUGACCACCAACUAA